CAACAGUCAGAAAGAAUAGGCUCAACUCUCUCACUGUUCAGGUCUGUGUGUGUGUCUCCCCCACAACAUAAAGGCGACGUUCACGGCUAAAAACUUGCAAUUCAUGGCAUGGAGGAGGCAGCGGGCAGCUGCAGCCCUCUGAUCUGUGUAGGGUUAGGAGGUGGUGGAGCAGCAGAUCAUGGUCUGAACCCAGUUCUCAUCGAGCCGAAGCCAAGCCUCGUCUAGCUGCUCGAGCGUUGUCCUCUUUUUUUCUCUUCACUGUCCUCUUUUUCUUCUCCUCGGUGAAAUCUGAUACAACAUCAGCGGGUUUUCUACCUAGUUUGGUAGGCAAGACUCAGGCUAAUUGGCCUGCGUGUUUCGCAGUCAAACUCAAGAGAAGAAACAUUCAGCUCCAUACUGCAACGAUUCAGAUGCCUUCAACUUUGAGCAAAAGGGACAACCCCUAAACCCUGUUUUACACGAGGGACAGACACACAGACAUCUCCGUCAUCUUCCACUUCAUGAAAAGGACGCGUCUCGAUAAAAGGUGAUCAGAGAACUGACGGGGACUAUGGCAGCUACUUUAUCGGCGGAGGAAGAACAGGCUACCAGGCAGUUUCUGGAGGAAAUCAACAAGUGGACCAGUCAGCAUGGAGUGUCACCGUUGUCCAGGGAAUUGGCCGUCAAGUUCCUCAUGGCUCGCAAGUUUGACGUCCUCCGAGCCAUCGAGCUAUUCCACAGCUACAGGGAAACGCGUCUUAAAGAAGGAAUCGUCAGACUUCAGCCUCAGGAAGAACCUCUGCGCUCGGAGCUGCUCAGUGGAAAGUUCACUGUGUUGAGUGUACGGGAUCCGUCGGGGGCCUCCAUUGCCUUAUACACGGCCAAACUUCAUCACCCGAACAAGACGGGCAACCAUGUCGUGCUCCAGGCCCUCUUCUACCUCCUGGAUCGAGCCGUGGAAAGCUUCGAGACCCAGAGGAACGGCUUGGUGUUCAUCUACGACAUGGCGGGCUCCAACUACACAAACUUUGAGCUGGACCUGAGCAAGAAGAUCCUCAACCUGCUCAAGGGGGCGUUCCCUGCCAGGCUGAAGAAGGUGUUGAUUGUCGGGGCCCCUGUUUGGUUUCGAGUGCCCUACAAUCUGCUCAGCCUGCUUCUCAAGGAGAAACUAAGGGAGAGGGUUCAGAUGGUGAAAAUGGCCGAGCUGCGCCAACACCUCCCCAGAGACUGCCUUCCCCAGCACCUCGGCGGCCUGCUGCCUCUGGAGUCGUUCAGCUGGAACCAGCAGCUGCUGGCGGGACAGAACGGUCGGGUGGAUCCAGUAGACGAGCUGGUGGGCAUCCCCGUGGAAGAUGCUUCCAUUCACGUCCCGGGACCCGAGUCCAUGCGCCCGCAGGAGCUGCUGACGCACCUCGGUAGGCUUCAGCGCACAGGCAUCCACCAAGAGUAUGAAGAGCUCCGCAAAGAACCGGCGCCUGGAACUUUCGUUUGUGCACAAUCAGCCUACAAUCAGGAGAGGAAUCGCUAUGGAGACGUGCUGUGCCUUGAUCAAACAAGAGUUCGUUUGAAACCCAGAAGGACCGAGAGAUCAGACUACAUCAACGCAAGCUUCAUGGACGGCUACAAACAGAGGAAUGCAUAUGUUGGUACUCAAGGCCCGCUGGAGAAGACCUACAGUGAUUUCUGGAGAAUGGUCUGGGAACAAAGCGUGCUUGUUAUUGUUAUGACAACGAGGACAGAUGAGGGCAGUCGGAGGAAGUGUGGACAGUACUGGCCUCUGGAGGAAGGGGGGCAGGAGGUCUAUGGCCACAUGGCAGUGGUUAACCAAAGGGUGGACCAUCACACCCACUACAACCACACCACCCUGGAACUGCACAACACUGAGACAUGUGAACAGAGACAAGUGAGUCAUUUCCAGUACCUCAGCUGGCCUGACUACGGCGUUCCCACCUCAGCGGUGACUCUCAUUGACUUCCUGGGAGCUGUGAAGAGACAACAGAAGAAAAUGGUGACUGCUUUGGGACUUCAGUGGGCCGGCCACCCACAGGGACCCCCGAUGGUGGUCCACUGCAGUGCAGGGAUUGGGAGAACAGGUACCUUCUGUGCCCUGGACAUCUGUCUGUCCCAGUUACAGGACGUAGGCUCGCUAAAUGUUUGCCAGACGGUGCGACGCAUGAGAACACAGAGAGCCUUCAGCAUUCAAACCCCGGACCAGUACUACUUCUGCUACAAUGCCAUUUUGGAGCACGCCCAAAGACAGGGCCUGCUCCCAGCCAAUCAGUGAGCUUCAGCCCUGACUUCCCAAAUUAUUCCACGAGCCUUGAGAUUUCUGCAGUCAAUCUGUUAACCCCAUGCUGUGUUGUGUGACCAAUUUUGUGAGCCCAGGAAAGUUAACUUCCUCUCAGAAGUUGUCUUCGGAAACUAGGCCAUUCUUCAUCGGCGAGCCAGACCAAGGCAAGACGGUGUUGAGGAAAGGCUCGAGUGUGACAUUAUGAUGUUUCAAUGUGAUAACAGUCUCGCUUCCAACAAUGUGACAUUUUGUUAAUGCCGAACAUCAUGUCAGAGAAUACGUGAACAAACUGCUCCUGUGUUGUGCCGUCUUGUGGUCUGUGGUCGGGCACGUUGGGUGGCGUGAUCGAGGUAAUGCUCAUUAACCCUUUGUUUAUUUAUUUGCCACUUUAAACCAACGGUUUAGGGGACCUUUUAAAGGAGUAGUUCACCCCAAAAUAAAAAAUGUAAUCCCUAUCCACUCAUUCCAUGUCAGUUAAAACUCCACUAAAGUUUUUGCAUUCAGUCAAAUUCUCCUUAAAUAAUAAAGUUAACAUGCCCCAUAGGCAUAAUGGAAUUUAAUCAUUUUGAAAAGAGCGGAGAUGGAACCACAGUGAUACUUUUUAUGCUUUUUCUUUUAUGUACAAAUAGUAUUUAUUGGAGUUUUACUGACAUGAACAAGACGUAAGUUACUGACACAAUUUUCAUUUUGGGGUGAAAUGAUCCUUUAACUAAGUACACCAUUUUAUAUUCCAAAUAGGGAGCUUGAUCUCCACUGUCAUACAACAGUAGUAGACUUUUUAGUUAAUAGUUUGUACAUCUCCUGUGUCCGGGAAUAUUGCGUAGUGCAUUUUUAGCACAUGGUAUAUGUCACGUAGAUGGUACGAGUCAGUCUCAGGAGUGUCGUACUGAACACGAGGAGGUGAAACUGCCCAACUGGUAAUUAAAGAAAACAGUCAAAGUCUUUUGCCAAGAAGAUGAUGUAUUCUCCUCUGCCUUAGUGAUAAAACAAAGACCUGAGCAGCAGUAAAGGGGGGGUAAAGCACAUCCAAAAUGAUCCGGCUGUAAACUCCUAAUUGGCUGUUACAUCCCCUCUGUGAUCACUCGUUAAACAGCUGUCCAUGUCAAGUCCUCUUUAGUUAUUUGUUUCUUCUGUAUCCUCUGAAAGCCUGACCUUCCAUCUCACCUAAACAUAUUGAGAUUUCCUGUGACCAGUGUCUGCAGCCGCCUUCGCUCACUCGCAGCGCCAUCAUGCUUUAGUGAUUGUGGGAAUGUAUCGCUAAGUGCCCACACACACACAUGCACACGCUAACAUUUCGAGCAGUCUGCAGUGACUAUGCCAUCGAUGCGUACGUCUGUGGAAGUCAUCAGUUAAGACCUCAUGAGUAGUGCAAUACUUGUUUGUUUUUUUUACACAAAUCACGUCUUAGCACUUUCCAAUAACUAUUCCCAAUGUGCUCUGAGAAGAUGACCCAGACAACUGAACUCUGUAGGUCUAUAUCUGACGCUGGGAUAACUUGAUUGUUAAAUUCAGUAAUGCUGAAAUAUAAAACAUUUAGAGACAUUUUGGACUGACUGUAAACAUCUUUAUUGGGACAAAUCAAGAGGAUUCUUUACAAGGAAGCCAGACAUGAAUGAUAGAAGAGCACAAAUCUGUGCCGGCACCUCUUUGAGUCCUCCAGAAAUGUUGCCUGAAGUAUAUUUCAUUAUUAUUAUUAUUAUCGUGUGACUUUAAGUUCUACAGACUGUGGUUGUAAUCAGUGCUUUCAUCUGGUCCCAGUGUCUUGCCAUUAUUAUAGAAUACAUGUACAAAAACUGUGUCAUACGCUGCAUUAUGUUGUUGCCGGGUGAAAACUGUCCUUUGCUACAGAAUUCAUAUUGAAUUUGCUUGUAGUGAAGCAUUUUUAAGUCUGCCAUCCUCAUGCACUCUGAUUUUUAGAAUAAUUUUUCCUUUUCAAUGACGGACGCAAAAUGUGCCCUAUUUUAUUUUUCUAUUGUAUUCAACAACUGUUUUCAUACGAUUACCCAGGAUAUACAGUUAUCUACAUUAAUUUUAUAUUUGUUUCUAUUAUAACCUAUUUACUUUAUCAUUUGUAUGACUAUUGAAUCAAGCUAUACUGUAUUAAAUACAAACUAUGUCAACGUA